AUGCCAUCAUUCAUGUUCAUUGCUCUGUGCCUUCUUGCUGCCACCCUGUGCACCGCACACCCAAGACAUAAUGUUCGAGACGAGGCAGCAGAGCGCGCUGGUUCAUACAAGAGUCUGAAGGCGCGCAAUCUUGGCCAUUGCGAGGACAAACUCAUCACCCGCGGUCACACUUCUACAGCAAUUUCCCGACGAGCCUCCGCGGUUGGAGCUCUUCGACGCCAAAAUGCACGUCUUGCCGGUCGUGACUUUGCAACUGUAUUGAAUACCACGCACCACUCAAACUUGACGGGCAUUACCGCCAACACGGACGCAGAGAUUUUGUUUACUGGAGAGCGAUCAUGUACACUCGUACCAGAGUCAACUCAAGGGCCAUAUUUUGUCUCUGGCGAGAUGGUGCGCAGUGACAUUACCGAGGACGAGCCUGGCGUACCACUUUAUCUCGACAUCCAGUUGAUCAGUACUCGCGACUGUGAGCCGAUUGAGGGUGUUGCUCUCGAUAUAUGGCACGCAAACGCCACCGGCGAAUACUCUGGUUAUCCUGCCCCCGAAGGUGGCAUGAAUACAACUUUUUUGCGUGGCAUUCAGGUUACCGAUGACGAUGGAGUUGUUGCAUACAAGACCAUAUUCCCGGGACAUUACAAUGGCAGGGCUACUCAUAUUCACAUGGCUGCGCACUCCCCUGGCAACUGGACCCUUCUGCCCAACAAUACAAUCGCUGGUGGCAAGUGGACCUCGCACGUUGGGCAGGUUUUCUACGACCAAGACGUCAUCAACCAAGUCGAAACAUUUUAUCCUUAUACCGAAAACAACAUCACUCUUACGACCAAUGACCAAGACAUCAUAAUAGAGCAAGAGACGACCGAGGCAGAGGUAGACCCCAUAGCUGAAUAUGUCUUGCUUGGUGAAUCAGUUGCGGAAGGCAUCUACUCUUGGAUUUCCAUUGCCAUUGAUCCCGAGGCAAUUUACUGGGUGCCGGCAGCUGUCGACCAUGUUGAGGGCGGAGGUGUCGAGGAUCCAUGCUUUGAAAUGCUCAACCUGCCGACUGAUUUCUCAUGGCCGGAUACAAGACCAGCUUACUGCUCCACCGUGCCAUAUGCCAAGCGUACUGCUAUGCCUACUCCCAAUUCAGCACCCACGCCUAACUAG